AUGAAUUCAAUUCCAAAAUUUGUUCUUAAUAAUGGAAUUACGAUUCCUGCUCUAGGCUAUUCCGCAAUUGGAUACAGGAAUGAAGAAACUAUAGGAAAAGUUGUUAAUGAAUUAAUCAAAGAUACUUCAUUGAAUUUAAAACGAGAAGAUUUUUUUAUUACAAGCAAGCUUCCUCCAAAAGAUCAAGGAUAUGAUAAUUGUUAUCAAGCAUUACUAUCGUCUUUACAACGAUUUAAUAUGGACUACCUUGAUUUGUUUUUAAUUCAUUGGCCUGGAACUCAAAAAUUAAAACCUUCAGACCCACAAAAUGGCAUAAAUCGUAAAGCCAGCUACAAAGCUCUUGAAGAUCUUUAUACUUCUGGAAAAAUUCGAGCCAUUGGAGUGAGCAAUUAUACUCAUCGUCAUUUGACUGAUCUAUUAUCUCAUUGUACCAUUAUUCCUGCAGUUUUACAAGUUGAAUUACAUCCAUUAUAUUAUCAAAAAGAAUUAAUUGAUUUAUGUCGAAAACAUAAUAUUUUAGUUCAAGCAUACUCAAGUUUAGGAGAAGGUAAAUUAGUUAAUGGAGAAGUUGAAAUAUCAGUGAUCAAGGACAUUGCAAGGAAAAAUAUGGUUAGUGUAGCACAGCUUUUGUUGAGAUGGGGACAUCAACAUGGGUUUAUUGUUAUACCCAAAUCUACUAAUGCGGAAAGGAUUAAAGAAAAUAUAAAUAUUUUUAAGUUUGAGUUAUCAAAUGAG